CUUUCUGAUAAUCAAUUCCAUUGUUGGCGCAUAUUCCGCGGGGCAUUGUGGGAGAGGUCUAGAGCGGUGAUUACGAGGCUGUGAGAGACAGAGGCCAAUAUAACUUGCUGCUUCUGCCGCUGUGCUCGAUUCACCAGGUGCUCGAUUACACUUCCUGCCUGGUUUCCUCGCUCUGCCUCUCAUUGUUGGCCUGUCGCUUGGCAGCUGCCCCGGAAGUUGUCUCCGGGGCCGGUUCAGCUCCGGUGAAGUCUCCGCCGGAUACCGCGGUUCCGCGGCUGGCUAAAGGGACUGAGCGUCGGGGUGGAGGGCAGAAGCGCAGGGCUGCUGUGCGUGGAUGAGGCUCCCUGUGGAGGAGCCGCAAAAGAAAAGCAUCUCAAGGAUGGAAAUUGAGGACUACAAUGGGCGCUCCUACAUGUCUGCUGGAGAUUCAUCUCUAGAAAGGGAGUUUUCAGAUGCGCUGAUUGGACCCACUGUGAGCACCCCAAAUAGCCGGCAUUCAUCACCAAGCCGCUCACUAAGUGCAAACUCUAUUAAAGUAGAGAUGUACAGUGACGAGGAGUCUGGGCGCCUGCUUUCUCAUGAAGACCGCCUGAGCGAAAAGGAAGAUGUAAUAAUUGAGGAUGACUCGCUGGUUGAGCCUCUGGGUUACUGCGAUGGUUCUGGUCAAGACCCUCACUCUCCAGGUGGCAUCCGCCUCCCAAACGGCAAGCUGAAAUGUGAUAUUUGUGGAAUGGUAUGCAUUGGACCUAACGUGUUGAUGGUGCACAAAAGAAGUCACACAGGUGAGCGUCCUUUUCACUGUAACCAGUGUGGUGCUUCAUUCACUCAGAAGGGAAAUCUGUUACGGCACAUAAAACUGCACUCGGGUGAGAAGCCCUUCAAGUGUCCAUUCUGUAACUAUGCUUGUCGUCGUCGGGAUGCACUAACAGGUCACCUGCGCACACACGCUGUCGGCAAGCCUUACAAAUGCAACUACUGCGGCCGGAGCUACAAGCAGCAGAACACACUGGAAGAACACAAGGAACGCUGUCACAACUAUUUGCAGAGCCUCAGCAAUGAAGCCCAGCACCUACCUGCACAUCCAGGGGAGAAGCAGAUGCGACAUGGCCUUGCUGAUCUCCCAUAUGAAAUGAACUCCAGCUUUGAGAAGGAUGUGGAGAUCGUGUCCCACCACCCUUUGGACCCUGCUUAUAGCAAUUCUUUGGCAUUUGUGGGAGGCCCUAUGCGCUUACCACCAACAAACUGCAUUUCUGAAAUUACUCCUGUCAUUAGCUCCGUGUAUACUCAACUACAGCCCAUGCAGGGGCGGCUAGACAUGCCAGGAAACAGAGAAGCAGCAGAGGGCCAUGAGGACAUCCCAGAUGGAACACAAAUACAUUACAGAGGACGCAGUGAACAUGGGGCUUCCCCUUCUAAUGGCUGCCAGGACUCAACUACAGACACCGAAAGUAACCAUGAAGAGAGGGGAUCCCAGGCUACCAGCAGCCGGCAGAGCCCGGCUUACGCCAAAGAAGAGCAGAGACCAUCUGAUGGAGGGUUGGUUUUACCUUCACGAUCUAUGCCUGGCACUGCCAAAGAAUCCCUGAGGGUGCUGGGAGAGGAUGGGGAGCAAGUGAAGGUAUUUAAAUGCGAACACUGCCGGGUACUUUUCCUAGACCAUGUCAUGUUUACUAUCCACAUGGGUUGCCAUGGUUUCAGAGACCCUUUUGAGUGCAAUAUCUGUGGUUACCACUGUCAGGACCGGUACGAGUUUUCAUCUCAUAUCGUGAGAGGCGAGCACAAGGUUUAAUGAUGGAGCUGGAGUAAAUGAAAUUGUGCAAAAAGAGCACAUUGAUGUCUGUUGGAAGAUGAGGUUUUCUUUACGGGCCUUGAAAACAGCAGCCCCAUUUCCAAUUUUUAUUUUGUCUCUUCAAGAAGGGACAAAUUCUAAGCACUUUCAAUUGUUUUAAAUCUCUUACUCAUAUUUAGCACUAACAUUAUCUACAGAAACGUUCUACCAUAGAGAACCACAACAUUUCUAAAUAACUACAAAUAUAAUUCAUGCUACGAUUCGUAUCUCCGUACAAAGCAUUAAAGGGAAAGCAUAACCAAAAAUGAAUCAGGCUUAAAUGAUACCAAUUAUGUCACAUCCUGUGACACUAUAUAUGUAUUAUUUUUCUUAGUUUUUCCUUUUUUUUUUUAUUCCCUUCCCUAUUAUGUCCCAUUAGUGCAAAUGAGAGCACAUAUAUGACACACAGGUGCCUGCUUUGCAUUCACAUUAGUAAACAGUGCUACAAAACUAAUUGUCACAUAUUUUUUUUAAGCUUAACUUAUUUUUGGGAACACUUUCCCUUUAAUUUAAAGGCACAUGAACGGAGCUGGAAAAAAAAACACUGUCAGAAGUUCUGCUUUAUUUAUUUUUAAUCAAAAGGUGGCAAGGCACUCUUGCAGUGCUUGUCAAGUAACACUUGCAGGAACACACAAGCUUGGCUUAAGCCUUACUUUGAUUGGUUCAUUCAAUUAAAGUGCCUUGUUGUCUUUAAGGGGUACACAUGUGGUUGCUGAAGAGCAUAGUAUUUACGAGCAGAUUCUUUAGUCAAACUUCCUGAUGCUCAGCGGAGGAGGAGCUAACAUUAUAAUAUAUAACCGUCUUACUUUAAUGCAAAGUAUCUCAGAGUCUGUUAUCCCCUAAUAAUGCACGCAUCCCACCAGAUGUCUCCAGCAUGGUCCAGUGAAGAAGGAGGGCAGAGCAUAUUUAAAUCAAUUUGGAAAAAUGUUGCCCUUGUAUUGUGUACUCUGGGAAAGGAAUGAAAAACUAUACAAAAUAAAACCUCUUUCCUCCUCAGCACAGAUCAGUGGUGCUGUAAACCUCCUCUAUACCCUGUACUUUUUCUCUUUUGCACUGACUCAAAACAAAAAUAAAAGAGGAAAAGCUAAAGACUGCUUGCCCUAAAAGGGGUUUUAAAAAGAAAAAAACCUUCCUUUUUUUUAUCUGGCAAUUAUUUGAGUUUCCCUUUAGCUGCCUGAUUGAUGUUCAGUUUGCUGCAGCGUUACACUACCUCUUGCAGUAAAUGAAACAUGACUUCUAGGGAUUGUCCUUUUAAUUUGCCCUCUUACCCCCAUGCUGACCUAUGUACUGGUAUUUUUAUUUUUGUUUGGUUGCAUGUCGGAACGCACACUGCCUGAUCUAUAUUGGGUACCAACCAUUUCCAUUUCAAGGCUUUGGAGUGAAAUCUGUCCAGAGCAUGAUAAUCACUGUAAUGCCAGCUAUGCAUUAAAUGUUGCUGUACACUUAUGCUUUGCGCUUCUCCUAGAUAACAAAAGUCUUAUCGUGAGUUGACAAAUCAGAUUUAUGAUCCAUUUUUGCUACGUUGGAUUUUGAAUUCAUUGUUUUUAUUUCGUCAACUUGCGCUGCUGCAAUAUUCCGAAGCAUUUCACAACCCUUAACAUGUGCAUGUUACGUUGGAUUUUUCCAUUUUACUUUAAAUCAUUAUAAAGUAUAGAUGCUCAAUUUUUGUUGAAUUUCUAAAUUGAUGCCUCAAAUCGCGUAAGCAUUCUUAUUUUCCUGUAUUGCACUGAGAGCGGCAAGUAAAUUAUACCCUGUGCUUCACAGAAUUCAUGCUUCUUAGUUUUCUCACUUUGAAAAAUGUGGGGAAAUAUUUAUUUUCCCAAUUCUGCAAAAAUAAGAUUCAUGGCAGCAUCACUGUGCUUUCUUCUGAUUGUUUUCGAGCUUGAUCUAUCUGGCUUCACAGCUCUUUAAAUAUUGAAUAGCAUUAGCUGCCUCCCAAAUUUUAUCUUCACUUCUAUAAUCUAAUACCUUAAGUGAUUAAUUAACCUUACUUCUUUAAAAUUUGGCUUUAAAAGUAGUUCCCACGAAAGUCUUCAGGGCUUUUAAAAAUGCAAAAAUUACUUUUAAACAAAGUGUCCUAUUAAUAGAGAAGCCAUGAAAUGACCACAAGUAGACCCAUUGUAUUACAUGCACUGUGGGUGAAUUGCUUCUAAACUAUCGCUUCUGCUUCCUAACAAGAUACGUUUUAUACAUUCUGUCUGCAGCAUUUUCUCUAGUGGUUAUGUAUUUUAAAAAUGUCAAUUUAAACAUAUCCAUUGUCCAAGUCCCAGCCAUCAGACACUUCCAUUACAUACAAAGUUCUUUUUGUCAGGAUGCACAAAAUGAAUCAUUCUCCCUGCUGCUUUAAACCAAAGGUGGUUGAAUUGUUAUUUUUAUUUCAAUCAAAAGAACAUUUUUAUUUCAAUCAAAAGAACACAAAACACCUCCAACAAUCCUGUUCUUUACAGGCACUUGGUUUUGUAUGGCUAUGUAUAAAAAGUAUUGGCAUCUCUAAAAGAUGAACAUAUAUGGUGGCUGAAUGAGAAAGCAGUUAUAAGUGUUCUCCUUCACCCUGAUUGCUCAUCUGUAAAAAUAAAAUACAGAUGUAGAUGAUGCACUAAUAUAUUUUAUUUCCUCAGCAAAAGUUUAAAUGAGGGGACACUAACAUUUAAAGGGUCUCUGCAAGGUUGCAGCUCUGACUGAAAGGCAACGCCACAAUUUAUUCUUUUCAUGCACUGCUUCUUCAUUUCUAAGCAACGUAAUUGUAAGUAUAUGGGGUUUUUACACAAGGUUAUACUGUGAAAUUGUUGUGAUAUGUUUAAUGGUUUCUGAAAAUGCGUCUGCAUUUUGAAAGUGAUAUAUGGUAUGGAAUGCUUCUCUAUGCGUGUAGGUGUAACCAGUGCACAUGAAGGGGUAGACUGUGGUAUUUCUUUUCCACAUCAGUAUUCCGUAGAUCUUAAUGGAAUAUUAAAUACACCUCCAAUAUAAUUGCUUUCUUGUUCAGAUCAUAUAUUUUCAGAUAACCUUUCAUCCCAGAAGCUGGAAUAUUUUCCACUUUCUAUGGCUAUAUAUUGUUUUACUUUCUAGGUAGAAUCCACCAAAUCAAAGUUUUAUGUGCUACCAACAUUUUGAAUAUAGACCUCCAUACUCUGCACAGAAAUGAAAAGGGCCAGCUGAAAGUAAAAAGUAUUUCAUUUAGUUUUCUAUAGUAAUGUAAUCAAAGAUAAGAAUGGCAGUCAUAAAGCUUGAUACCUAGUGAGGAAUGAAGUGGGUCUCCCUACAUGUACAGUUAUCUGACAAAAUGCAGCGGUGCAUGAACUGCUCAUGCAUGUCCGUUAGGAAGCAAUUGGCAGCAGGUAGCAAGAAACAAAUCCUUUGUCCCAUUACCUUUAUGGCCAGGGUCACACUAGCAAAUGCCACCAAGUAAGUUACAUCUGGGCUCCAGCCAAAGCUAUUUUUAUAUCAAUCGAUUUCCUUGGAGUAAUCAUCAUCAUCAUCAUUUAUUUAUAUAGCGCUGUCAAGAUACGCAGUAAUGAAAGCUUUUUACAGUUUGGUUUUAAUUUUUUCUACAGUUUCUUUCAAUAAAAAGGCUUUAGAAAGUGAGACAAAUAUCUUGUUGUUGGAGUUUACAGUCCCCUUAGUUUUAGUUUACAAAUAUUUAGUUUUAGUUGGCCCUGCAUCCCAUUAGGCCUCAGUACUUUGAGUACUUCUAAAUCACUAGAACAAAGCAUAAUGAUGUACCUGUAAUUGCACACUGAGGAUAUGCUGGCUUAAAAGUUAUUCGGUGGGGGUUACCCUUUAAACAGUAACUAUAAUAACAACAAUGGAUUGUAAUGUAAAUAUCAUCCUAUGGAUAAAUUAUACUUUAUAAAUAUAGUCCAUUAUAAAUGUGCAUAAAUGCCUGGUUCUUAAUCAAUUUUCUUCUUACGAAAUCCCUAUCAGCAAUCUCUCUCUGUAAGAGUUACUGAUUCAAUAAAAUUUAUUAUAUUUGAAAAAAAAUUUUUUAUUCCAUUGAGAUGUAGCUUAUUUUUCAUUGCAGUUCUAGGAUAAUGUAUUUCUCCUAUUGAGCAACAGGCUUCAUUGGAAACUAUUGUGAUGCCCAUUGCUGGUCCAGUCCUGGUGUAUGGAUGGUAACUGAUAAUGAAAGGUCAUUGUUUCCCCACAGCUUCACUGCACAAACACCGCUUGCAGAAAAGCUGUGAUGUUUUUGUGGUAUUUGAACACUUCAAGAAAGUAGCCGGCCUGGUCAAAGCCUAUAUAAUAAACUAAGGGCAUAGUUAUUGUAUGUGCCGAACUAUCUCUGUCUGUUGUUGGAAUAGAUAAACUUGUAGGAGCUGCCAUAAUUUCCUGCCUUAUUAAAAGCAAUUCCCUCAGAACACAGUGGAACAUGCAACUGAUUUAUUGCCAGUAUGUUUGAUAUCUGUGCUGGUAGUCACUGUCAAGGCAAGCAGUAUGGUACAUCUAACUCAUUAAAGGAGAACGAAAGCUAAAACAUAAAUGAAGCUGUAGUACAAGUCUGUUAGACGAAUCACUAAAGCUGGCCAUAGACUCAAAGAUCCGCUCGUUUGGCGACAUCGCCAAACGAGCAGAUCUUUCCCCCGAUAUGCCACUAACGGCAUGGCUAUAUUGGGGGUUAUUCGAACCUUCGGCCGUAUGGCCGAACGAUCGAAUUACGAUACGCCAAGGGGCUCCGACGGGUCGGUCGGUUAAAAAUCAAACCUUCCCGAUUGAUAUUGUGGCCAGAUAUCAAUCGGGGAGACCCGUCGGAAGCCCCCAUACACGGGCAGAUAAGUUGUCAAAUUGGUCCAAAUACCGAUAUCGGCGGCAUCUUUAUCUGCCCGUGUAUGGCCACCAUUACAGAACGGAGUUAAUGCUGUGUCCCUGGUGUCUAGUAGUAGGAACGGUGUUCUGAUGAGAAUGCAGCCUAGGACUACAGUGACGUCACUGAUUUUUCAGCCAGCUGUGUCCCUGCAGCCCGAGGCAGCCUUGAGUGGCGUUGGGCCAAAUGAUAUCCUAUUGCGCAUGUUUCAAGAGGUGCAGCUUUCCGCACAUGCACAUGCAAAUUCAGCGCAUGAAAAUCUGGAGCGGUCUGACUGCUAGUACUGAGUCGCAACGUCAUUUAUGACACGCCCUUGGGGCCAGGAGGAGUGUUUUUCGCGCAUUCACAAUAUGACAGAAGAACAAAAAGAAUAUGUGCAAAGAAGGAGUGUGAAGAGUAGUAAAUAAACUAUGUACUUUUAUAUUAACACCUCUAAUAAACACAGUGUAGUGGCGAAAGCUGAGGAUUUGUUUCAUAGGCGACUAUAAAUUGCGGUGGGGAAUUGCUCUAGUGAAUGCUUAAGGGCAAGGCCAGAAAAAAAGCUUGGUCAGGCGUAAAUACGCCACUGAAACCACACGCGACCAUCAACGUGUUUUUCAGCACAUAGGUUUUUUUUCCCAACAUGCACUUCUCAUUGUUCUCGUUCCCCAUAAUUCCGCUGGCUAGAAAUAGAAGAGCUAUUUACAUGCAAAAUGGAGCAGGAAUGAUCGCCAAAACGCAAAGUAAAUACGUCACCGGCCUAAUACGCAGUAAAACCGUACAUGCGUCAUUUAUCUUGUGAGAAUUUUGAACGCCAUAUUUAAAAUACGCUGCAUACUUACAUAAAGUGUAGUUUCAAACAUACAGAUCCCAUAGAGUCUAUUGAUUUGGUAGUUUCUUGACAUAUUUGCGUUUCGCCACUACUGGCGUCCUGUGACGGAUUUCCGCUUGCAAGCGCCCUGUGAGAUUUGCCAUAGUCUGUUUUCCAUUCGUUUCCGUGGUAGUGCAGUUUAUGCGUAUUUACGUCCGACAGAGCUUUUUUAAAAAAUGCAAAGUAAAAACGACACGAUGGCCUUGCCCUAAGUGUAAAGCCAAAGUUAUGAUUAUGGUCAAAUAUUUAAAAUUGUCGUCAUUGUAUUCCAUUAGGUUUGUUUCCCAUUCUUUAUCAGUUCCCAGUAGAAUUUCGAUUUUGGUUAUAUUUGGGGGAAAAAGGGGGAGUAACAACCAUUUCACUGUGUCUGUAAACCAGCAUACUCUCCUUGUUUUUAUAAAAAUGGAGAGAAAAUACCAAAGCUGAAACACAAAACAACGUUAAUACCAAGAACCUUUUAAAUCAUUCAUUCACUUCUAAAAAAAAAAAAAA